AUGGCUCCUCUAAAGAGCCUCCUCCGCCCCUGGCACAAGGAUGACAAGUAUGACGAGAGACGAAGAGCCCCCUCCUCCUACAAUCCCCUCUAUUCCUUCCGACUGUCGCGCGGAAACACUAAACAAUACCACCAGCAAUUCGGCGACAUGUACUUUCUGCGUCUGGCCAAGCUGAAGCCGGUGGUCGAGAGGAUCGCCGCAGAAGACUGGGCCGACUUUGAGAUCGCCGGAGAGAAAGCACAGAGGGUGGAUCGAGUGCUGGACGUCCGGCAAGGUCAGUUGUGCUGGGUCGUCGGGACAAUCUACAUGGACAUGCCGUUGAAACCGAAUAUCUUGGAGGAUAUAUCAAAAGAGCACUGGGUUGCAGGCGCUCCGCCACGACAGUCCUACCUGACUGCGGACGGGGAAACGCAGGUUAUGCUGGAGGAUGAAUCGGGUCGGCUUCGACUCGCGGGAGCAACGUUGAAGAGCAACCUGCUGGUCACCGGCGUCAUUGUCGCCGUGCUGGGUACCGAAACCGCCAAUGGAGACUUUGAUGUGCUGGACCUACACAUCCCCGAUUUACCACGACAACCAAGGAGGUGGGAAAGGGACGACGAGGAAGACACAAAAAUGGACGUUGAUCAACAACGGAAGAAGAUCGCCCUGAUCAGCGGACUCGACUUCUCAGAAACGGAAGCCGACACCCUGAAUGCUUCACUUCUCUCGGAGUUCUUACUCGCAGAGGCCUUGGACGAAGACGACCGCGAAGCAGCCAGCAAAAUCUCUCGCCUUAUCAUCGUGGGCAAUUCUAUCGCCGCCGAUUUACUCCCGGGCCAUCAAACGUCGAUCGAAGACGGCAAAAAACCCGGCAAUCGCAAAUACGGCUACGAUGCGGCAGGCUACAAUCCCACGCCGACGGCCCAUCUCGACCAGUUCUUGGCCGAUCUCCUCCCCAGCAUCCCGAUCACAAUCAUGGCCGGCGAACAAGAUCCGGCAAAUGCAAGCCUGCCACAGCAGCCCAUUCAUCCCGCCAUGCUGCCGCACUCUCGCGCCUACGCUGCCAGCAAUGUCGCCGACCCCGAAGAAGAAGAGCCCGGGUGGCUUGACAGUGUGACAAACCCGUGGGACGGUGAUGUGGAGGGAUGGCGGUUCAUGGGCAACAGCGGUCAACCGGUCGACGACAUCCUGAAAUACGUCGACUUCGGAGGCCCGGACGGAAAAGGCGCCGACGGGAGAUUGGAAGUCAUGGCCAGCAUGCUGCGUUGGCGAUGCGGCGCCCCAACCGCUCCCGAUACACUAUGGUGCUAUCCAUUCCAGGAUCGCGAUCAAUUUGUCAUUGAAGAGUGUCCGCACGUGUUCUUCGUGGGGAACCAGCCGAGAUUCGACACGACGGUGAUCGAUGGUCCCGACGGGCAGCAAGUCCGACUCAUUGCGGUCCCGCGGUUUCACGAAACGGGCGAGCUUGUCCUGGUCGAUGCCGAGACGCUGGAAGUGGAGGUGGUUAGGUUUGAAGUUCACGACCCGGCUUAG